AUGCAUUCCAUUUUUCCGACGAUAACUAGAUUCUCCGACCACCACAAUAUCCAUCUCCGCCGCUACAACCGCCACCGUCUUUCACAUCCUCUUCCACCGCCGUUGCCACCUCAUCACCAGAGCACAAAAAUCCUACACCUCCCGCAUAAUUUCGGAAUCUCCGCCAUAGAAGCCGCUCAACCCUUGGACUACAAAUCCAAAAUCUUCGAACGUAUCACCAAAUACAAAACUCUGAAAAUUGGCAUUGUAGGGUUCGGCAACUUCGGGCAGUUCCUUGCGAAAACCCUAGUCCGUCAAGGCCACACCAUCCUUGCACACUCCCGCUCAGAUUACUCCGCCAUUGCUGCUGAGCUUGGCGUUUCAUUCUACUUUAACGCCGAUGACCUCUGUGAAGAACACCCGGAUGUAAUCAUUCUCUGCACAUCAGUCCUCUCAACUGAAAAAGUACUCCGCUCAUUACCAUUACAAAGGUUGAAACGCAGCACAUUAUUUGUUGAUGUUUUAUCUGUUAAAGAGUUUGCUAAAGAUUUGCUCAUGCAAAUAUUACCAUUAGAUUUCGAUAUUCUAUGUACACAUCCGAUGUUUGGGCCUGAAAGUGGUAAAGAUAGCUGGAAAGGUCUUCCAUUUAUGUAUGACAAAGUCAGAAUUGGCCAUGAUGAAUCUAGAGUUUUGCGUUGUGAGAAGUUUCUUGAUGCAUUUGUAAAAGAAGGGUGUUUAAUGAAGGAAAUGACAUGUGUUGACCAUGAUCAACAUGCAGCUGAGUCUCAAUUCAUAACUCAUACAAUAGGGAGGAUCUUGGAAAAGCUAGAUUUGGAUAGUACUCCGAUUAACACAAAAGGUUGGAAAGGUUGGAUUUGGCUUUUGAAUCGUUGA